AAUCGCAACUUCCAAACGAUCAUUACCGAAAUUUUGAUCUCCUUCCACCUCUGCUACCAUGUCAUCGGUCCCACUCCUUCACUCUCCCCGGGUCCCACCCAGCAAAUCCUCCUGUUCUCCAUUCCCCGCAAACCGAUGCUCCUUUCUCCAUUCCCCAUUCUCAAAUUUCAAAUUUCACCCCUUUCUUUCUUCCUCCCUCCCUCUCUCUGUAUAUAAACACUCUCACUUCCCCCCACUUCAAACCCUCACUCUUUAUCCCACACUCUCAUUCACCACCUCCAAUCCCUUUCCCACAACCACCGCAAUGACCCCGCCGGCCCGUCCCACUCCGGCGACGACCCUACUCAUCACCCUCUCCCUUCUAUCCAUCCUCUCCCUCGCCACCGCCUACCGCCCGUGGCCGCCGACCACCCACCCAAACGCCACCGACCUCGCCCUCGGCGCCUCCAAGAAAUUCGAAGGCUCGUCGGACUUCGUCCACCUCCGCUACCACAUGGGCCCGGUCCUCACCAACAACAUCACCGUCCACGUCAUCUGGUACGGCACCUGGCAGAAGCCCCAGAAGAAGAUCAUCCGCGAGUUCAUCUCCUCCAUCUCCGCUCCCACGCGCCGCCGCCGCUCCACCGUCGCCGGGUGGUGGAAGACCGUACAGCUCUACACGGACCAAACCGGUUCGAACAUCUCCCGAUCCGUCCGGUUAGGCCGGGAGAAGAACGACCGGUUCUACUCCCACGGCAAAUCCCUCACCAGGAUGUCGAUCCAGUCGGUGAUCAAGAGCGCCGUCACGGCGAGAACCGAUCCCCUCCCCGUCAACCCGAAGAGCGGGCUGUACCUCUUGCUGACCUCCGAUGACGUGUACGUCCAGGAUUUCUGCGGGCAGGUGUGCGGGUUCCACUACUUCACUUUCCCUUCCAUCGUGGGGUACACGCUCCCGUACGCGUGGGUGGGGAACAGCGCCAGGCUCUGCCCCGGGGUUUGCGCCUACCCGUUCGCGGUGCCGGAGUACAUGCCGCGGAUGAAGCCGGCGAGGUCGCCCAACGGCGACGCCGGCGUCGACGGGAUGGUGAGCGUGAUCGCGCACGAGAUUGCCGAGCUGGCGAGCAACCCGCUCGCCAACGCGUGGUACGCGGGGCAGGACCCGAGUUUUCCGGUGGAGAUUGCGGAUUUGUGCGAGGGGAUUUACGGUACGGGAGGUGGCGGUUCGUAUACCGGGCAGAUGUUGGAGGGACCGGAUGGCGCCACGUAUAACAUGAAUGGGAUCCGACGGAGGUACUUGGUCCAGUGGGUGUGGAACCAUGUGGUGAAUUACUGUACUGGCCCUAAUGCUCUCGAUCAGUAGUAAAUUUUGUUUUUGGGUGUUUUUUUUGGGGCGCCACUUUCCACUUUUGUAAUUUGUGUAUUUUUUUCUUCUUUCUGGAAUUUGAUGAUUUUUCCUUUCUUGGCUCUCUUUCUCUCAAUCUAUGGGUGUGUGGGGUGGAAUUAGGUGAUAAUUCUUAUAGGGUUAGCACUGUGAUAACUAGCAAAAAUCACCACGGAUUAUUAUAAAAUCAAUACAACAUCUAAGAUAAAUCACUACUAAUUCAAAUUAGUAGUAGUUUUUUCCUUGGUUAGGACGGUGCUAACUAUUGUACAAUUAGCACCGUAGCCGUUUCCGGGUGUGGGAUAUCUGGAUUAAGUUAGUUAAGGGUGGUUAAAAAGAUGUUUGAUGAUCGUUAUAGUUAUUGAUUUAGUACACUUUUUGUUUUCCGUGAAAUUGUGUGUAAUGUUAGUUGCCUAAUAGCAACAAACAAUACUAAAAUUGCUCAAAAGGU